AUGGAUGAACAAGAAACGACACAGGAGCAAAUUAAGAUCUCCAUUUACACCCCAUUAAUAUAUGUUGGGGUAUUGUUGACAUGUUUCAUUGCCUUUUCGAUUAUUUAUAGACGUAAGAAGUUGAACAAGUUAACCAAGGUGGAACCAAUCUUUUCAGACAAUCAUACAUUAAACUUAUAUUUAUUCCUAAAGCAACAAUAUAAUAAUCCUGAAGCGACUGCCGAGACAAAACCACACACUAAAGUUAUGAAAGCGGCAUUGUUGAGAAGAGGUGUGGAAGCUAUUAGAAGAUCGUUGAAAUUAAAAGAAAACGAACCAAUCUUUAACAAAUUAUACCAGGAGGGCUUAAUCGGUGAUGAUGUAUUCAAGAACUUUCAAAUCCAGGCCAAAUUUCAGGAGAUAGAAUUGAAGGAGAUCGUGCAAGAAUGUGAAACAUACAAGAAGGGUUGGGUUCAACAAUUUUUCCCGGUGGCGCAAGAAAUUUGCUUUAAUGAAGCCUUAAGAAGAAGGUUAAAUUCCAUGGAUGAAAGAUCAAAGAGUUUGUCCGACUUGUGGCAGUAUUACGUGGAAAAAUCCGAAGCCCCACAAGCCGUAGAUGAAAAAUCAAAUGCUGCCAAGCUUGCCAAAGACAAAACCAAGUCUGCCUCUCAAUCUGGCUCUAACACUCCUGAAAAGGUGGUUUCAGAUCCUGAUACUGAAGCUGUGAAUGAAUCCAAAGAUGAUGGUGAUAAUAAAACUUCAAAAACUAAUAAGAAAAAGUCUGGUAAAGGAAAGAAAACAUGA